AUGACCAUUUUCCGCCCUCAUCUCCGGUUUCUCUUCAAACCACACUUCCUCUACUUCCAAUCUCCCGCCGGACAGUCCAGCAGACCGUUUUCCACCUCUCAGAUACUCCGCACUGCUCUCGAUAUGCCGCCACCACCAGUUGACACGACCCAGCGUCUCGCAAAGCUGCGAGAGCUGAUGGCUCAGAACAAGGUCGAUGUAUAUAGUAUGCAAUUCAGAUACACCAUCAAAGCUCCCUUGAUAAUAACAGUCGUAUACUCAUUCUUCUUUUUUCUACUCCUCGCCUUAAAGUUGUGCCUUCGGAAGACAGCCAUCAGUCAGAGUACAUUGCUCCAUGUGAUGGGCGUCGAGACGCUUAUACGUAUCACUGCAGCUUUCAUAUCCAGCUUCACUGGCUCGGCAGGAUGUGCCAUCGUCUCUAUGAGUAAAGCUGCUUUGUCUACGGACGGCAGAUACUUCAGCCAAGCUGCAAAGCAGCUCGAUUCCAACUGGACCCUGUUGAAGCGAGGCGUCGAGGGUGUCCCAACCUGGGAAGAAUGGACUGCUGAGCAGGCCGAGAAUGGCAAGGUUGUCGGUGUUGACCCGUCACUUAUCACGGCCGGUGAGAAUCUACAUUAUACACCUCUUACAAGUGUCGUCGUGACUAACUGUAGUUAUGUUAUAGCGGACGCACGAAAGCUUUCUCAAACGUUGAAGACCACCGGAGGCUCCUUGGUUGGAAUCGAUCAAAACCUGAUCGAUGCCGUCUGGGGAAAUGAACGCCCUGCACGACCUGCCAACCAAAUUACCGUACAGCCUGUCGAGCGCGCAGGAAAGCCAUUCGAGGAGAAAGUGGAAGACCUGCGAAAGGAAUUGGCUGCGAAGAAGAGGUCUGCUAUGGUUAUUUCCACCUUGGAUGAGAUUGCAUGGCUCUUCAACCUCCGUGGAAGCGAUAUUCCAUAUAACCCCGUCUUCUUCUCGUACGCAAUUGUGACACCCUCAGUUGCAGAACUCUAUGUCGACGAGAGCAAGCUAUCCCCAGAAGCCAGAAAGCAUCUCGAAGGCAAGGUCGUGCUCAAACCAUACGACUCCAUCUUCCAAGCUUCCAAAGUCCUCGCCGAAUCCAAGGCAUCAGCUAGCAGCGGUUCCUCUGGAAAAUUCCUAUUGUCUAACAAGGCUUCCUGGUCUUUGAGCCUCGCCCUUGGUGGAGAGCAGAACGUCGUUGAGGUUCGAAGUCCUAUCACUGACGCCAAGGCCAUCAAGAACGAAGUUGAACUGGAAGGCUUCAGAAAAUGUCAUAUCCGUGACGGCGCAGCUCUGAUCGAGUACUUCGCCUGGCUUGAAAAUGCAUUGAUCAAAGAAGGUGCCCAGCUGGACGAAGUAGAUGGGGCAGACAAACUCUUUGAGAUCCGCAAGAAGUAUGACCUCUUUGUCGGCAACUCCUUCGACACCAUCUCUUCUACCGGUGCCAACGGUGCUACCAUUCACUACAAGCCCGAGAAGUCAACUUGCGCUGUCAUUGACCCGAAAGCUAUGUACCUGUGUGACUCUGGUGGCCAAUACCUUGAUGGUACCACUGAUACGACCCGAACUCUCCACUUUGGAGAACCCACAGAGUUCCAGAAGAAGGCUUAUGCACUUGUUCUAAAGGGACAUAUCAGUAUUGACAACGCCAUUUUCCCCAAGGGAACCACCGGAUACGCCAUUGACUCCUUUGCUCGACAGCAUUUGUGGAAGGAGGGUCUAGAUUACCUCCACGGCACCGGUCAUGGUGUUGGCUCGUUUUUGUACGCUGAAGUCCCUCUCUCUGCUAGCAACGUUCUUUCCAACGACCUUGUAAUCUGCAAGGAAGUCCAGACUGCACACAAAUUCGGUGACAAGCCUUUCCUCGGAUUUGAGUCCAUCACUCUGGUACCUUUCUGCCAGAAACUCCUUGAUGCUUCUCUCCUAACUGAAGCCGAGAGGAAGUGGGUGAACGAUUACCAUGCGAGAGUCUGGGAGAAGACCAGUCCCUUCUUCGAGAAGGACGAGUUGACAACCGCCUGGCUAAAGCGCGAGACCCAACCUAUUUAA